GUAAUAGUUGAACCGUAUCGCAGUAAGACAACGAAUAGACGACGAUGAAACACAUUCACAGCGAUGAUGGAAAACCAGAUCCCUAUAAAAGGGUAUCAUAUAGAAACAGAGAUCAGUAUUGCAUCAGACAUCAUGGCUCUCAAACAGGUACUUGUAGUCUUGGCUGCGCUCUGCGCUGUGAUGGGCAGACCGACGGAGAUGGACAAUCCUCCGAUGAAGCCGAGUGGCACAUCAGACAUUGGCAAGUCUGAUCUUGAAUCUGAGCAGACUGGAAUGAGUACUAGCAUGAAUAACUAUCCGCUUGGACGGCCCAUGGCGUUCAUCCCGGUCUAUUACUUACCUCCUCACGGUAUUGUCCCUAAACUGAGGAUGCGCCGGCCUAUGCAGAAAGAUGGCGAGGCAGUGCCUCCCAUGGUCUAUUCUAACCCAAAAGACUGCGAAAAAAUGAUGCCUGAAAAAGAGUUGCCAUUACAAGCUGGGCAAAAGAACCCACAAGAUCUUAACCCUUCGUCCAUCGUUGCACAACCUGCCCAGCCAAUGAAGAAUCCUGACAAACUGAUGGACACGUUACCUAACGUGGAGGAAGGAAAGGUUCACGAGAAUGCACCAACCAGUUCGUUUGAUUCUCCAGCUGAACUAAUGUCGGGAUUAGAUAAGCCCGUUUCCAGGAGCACCGAUAGGGACCAGCAGGAUGUUGGCAGUAUGAUGAACGCUCAACAAGACCUUGUUCCUUUGUCAGAGCCAUCAUCUUUAGCAAUUCCAAGAUUGAAAAGAUCUCCCCAGUUUUAUCGUCCACCACACCACGGCUACGAAAGGUAUGGCUACGAAGGCUACGGUGGCUACGGCGGCUACGGCGGUUACGGCGGUUACGGUCCUUAUGAUUACCCCGGAUACGGUGACGAAGUCAUCGAUAUUGAUAUUGAAAUGUAUUGAAAAUGUUGAAUCAAAUGUAUAGUCCGCUAACUGUUCGAUGACAAAUAAAACUAUUGAUGACA